AGAUAGAAACAUUGAAAGUGAGAAGAGAGAUUGUCUUCGAGAAAUCAAAAGAAAGAAAGAGAAAAAAGAAGAAGAACGAUAUAUAUCUUGUUUGGAAUAUUUCUCUAUAAAACCCCCUAAAGCCCCUUGCCUAAUUCCUACAAUUCACUCUUCAUUUUCUUUGAGCAAUCCAUUCACUUCUCUAGAACCUCUCAUUGCUUGCCCAUAAACCCUAAAUAAUCACAAAAAACCAAAACCAAACCAAUGGCUUCCACUAUAUCACCACCACCAGCUGCAGCUCUAGCCUCCAUCGCCACCCCCACCAUCCUAGUGGGUCAACACCAACUCUACACUCGUAUUCGCCUAGCAACACCCGCUGAUGUCCCUCACAUCCACAAACUCAUUUAUCAAAUGGCUGUCUUUCAAAAUGAAACUCAUCUCUUCACUGCAACUGAAUCCUCCCUUGCUUCCACCCUCUUUAACUCACCUCCUUUCCAAUCCUUCACCGUCUUUAUCCUUGAGGUCUCGUCCAACCCCUUCAAAAAUAUUCACUCUCCAGCUUUCCUUCCCAUUGAACGCACCGUCCUUGUUGAUCAUGUAGCUGCUGAUCCCGAGGCCGAAACAUUUAAGAGUGGUGUUGCUAAUGAAGAUGAUGAUGGUGAUGAUGUUACUGUGGCAGGGUUCGUAUUGUUUGUGCCAAGUUACACUACAUUUGCAGGGAAGCCAGGGUUUCACGUGGAGGAUCUGUUGGUUAGGGAGUGUUAUAGAAGGAAAGGUUUUGGGAAGAUGUUGUUGUCCGCGGUGGCGGAGCAGGCGGUGAAGAUGGGGUUUAAGAGAGUGGAGUGGUCAGUUCUGGAGUGGAAUGUGAAUGCUAUCAAGUUUUAUGAGGAGAUGGGCGCUAAGGUUUUGACUGAGUGGCGGGUUUGCAGGUUGACUGGCGAUGCUCUUGAGGCUUAUGGUGAUGCUAAUUACUAGAGUUUUUCUCUCUUUUUGGAAUCAAGAUAUAAAUAAUGCUAAUAUUAAUAAUGAAAAAUAUUUUCGAAAGAAAAAACAGAAAUAAAUAAAUAAAUCCUCUUCCCUUUUUGGGGUCUA